UUAGCUUUCUCCACGCAGCUGGCCGCACUUGCACCUCCAACUCCAAAACCAUCUCUCUCUCUCUCUCUCCCCAUCGCCCACCUCAGCUCAGCUUGGAUUUGCUCUCCUCAUCCUUGAUCAUCAUCCAUGGAGUACUUCAGCGGCGACAUCGACGACUUCUCGCUCCAGUUCAUCCACGACCAGCUGCAGCUGCUCUCCGCCGAGCCCUCCUGCGCCCUCCAGCCCCUCCCCGUCGCCGCAGACGAUUUCGCAGCGCACCCGGAGUUCAUUCCAUCCGAGUACCUCCCCCAGCCGCUGCCUGUGUACGUCGACCAGGUGACAACAAAUGAUUACGUGGAUGCCGCCGCCGCGGCAGCGUACCGGGCGGCGGCGGAGCCCGUGAUGAUACGGUUCGGCGGGGAGACCUCCCCGGUGUCGGACCCGGCGCGGCGGCCGUCGCUGACGAUCUCGCUGCCCCCGGCGGCCUCGAACGCCUGGGCCGCGGCGGCGCCGUUUCCGACGGCGGCAGAGGCCGCGGCCGCAGCGGACGACUUCCGAAAGUACCGCGGCGUGCGGCAGCGGCCGUGGGGCAAGUUCGCGGCGGAGAUCCGGGACCCCAACAAGCGCGGCUCCCGCGUCUGGCUCGGCACCUACGACACCUCCGUCGAGGCCGCGCGCGCAUACGACCGCGCCGCCUUCCGCAUGCGCGGCGCCAAGGCCAUCCUCAACUUCCCCAACGAGGUCGGAUCACGCGGCGCCGCAAAGGACUUCCUCGCCCCGCCGCCACCUUCGCAGGCGUCCCAAAACAAGCGGAAGCGGGAGGCGGCCGACCCUGACGUCGAGGUGGUCCGGGACACCACGAAACACUUCAAAACCGAGACGUCCUCCUUGUCGGCGGCGUCGUCGCUCGUCUCGACGCCCACCUCCACGGUGACGUACUCCUGCAGCGCCACCACCACCCCAUCCUCGUCCGACGCCGGCGACGGCGGCAACAGCGAGAUGCUCCAGCUGAUGUCCUCCACUAACUGGACCUGGGAUCAGCUGCUGGCGGAGGGGAUGUUCGGCAGCCUGUCGCCGCAGCACCAGCUGGGCGGCGGCUUCCCGGAGGUCACCGUCAACUAAGCGCGCGGCCCGGUCGUUAACACUAGGCUGUCGGUCGGCUAAGAGUGGCGGUUAAUUAGGUGUAAGUAAAUUAAAUCAGCCAAUAAUCACUAGGUAGCUCCUCCCUAGUUCUCGACGACGGCCUGUGCUUUGGACUCACCGGGAGCUUGGCUUGGAGCUGUGCACUACAAUGUACAGAAGAAAGAACACACAUCAGGACUGAAGGUGAUAGAAUAUUACUAGGGGAUGCAUGUCACGGGCCAGUGAACGUACGUAAGCAUCGACGUAGAUGUCACAUAUAUGUAAAUUAUAAGCGAAGAAGAUCCAAGUGUGGGUUGCGCGUUUUCUGUAUAGUUUGGGAUCCAUCGAUCCAUGUCUAUACAAUACAGUUGUGUUUGCCUUA